AGUAGCUACAUCCACAUCAGCAGCAGCAUCGACAAUGACGAAUACAUCAGCAGCAGCAGCAGCAACAACAACCUCAAUUUCCUCUUCAUCGACUCCAGCAGCUGCAGCGGCAAUCGUCGCCAGCGGUGCACCAUCUACAGCUGCCGUUUCGGCAGACAGCGCUACGAUUGCGCAACAACAGUCAGCCACGGCAAACGCCAGUCCCGCGUCACAGUUCGCAGGUUUGCCGGCAUCUGUGACGACGGGUGUAUCAGGCGAAUCGACGGGCGUGGGUGGUGGUAGCGGCACAUCCGGCAGUCAAACUCAGGCCACGCAGCAGAAGGUCGCGCAUGAGGCCUCGGCGGCGGCCUCCGGCCUGCCUGGGCAAGCGCAACAACCGCCCGUCGCAUCGCCUGUGGCAAGCACCAACAACAAUUGCAGCGGCAGUGGUACAGCGCCAAUAAUCAAUGGACCCCCACCGUUAGCGCAGCAGGGGGCUCCAGGAGGACCACCACUGAUGCGUCAGUUAAGUACUACGAAUAGCAAUAGUAUAAGCGGCAACAGCAACCACCUUGUACAGCAACAGCAGCAGUCGUCCGGCGUCCCUAGUGGCCCAUUGAAUAAUGGCGAAAUUCUAACCAACCAUCAUCACCAUCAGACACAACAGCAGCAGCUAGCAGCACAACAUCAGGGCCUUCAGCAUCAUUCGAUGUUGGCACAACAUGCGACGAAUAAUAGCGUCGUCAGUGGAGGAAACAGUAGUAGUAGUAGUAGAGAUAAAACUUCGACGACGCCCAUGAGUUCAGCAAGUGGCAAAGGCACUAGUCAAUUACCGACAUCCACGAUGAUUUCGGCUGGUGCAAGUAUGGACGAUCGUAAGGACCCGUCAUCAUUACUAAUGGCUGGUGCUGGAAAAAUACCGCCUCCUAUGGUGUCUACGCCAUCAGGCUUGCCACCUCUAGGUGCGGGACUCGGCGUUGGCGGUCCGAUGGGGCAUCUGGGUUUGCCACCAGGCGUAGCAGCAGGUAUGCUGGGCCCGCACAAUCCUCAUGGUCCAUCACCUGGACAUCCAAUGGCUUCGUUAGGGGCUAUGGGUGCUCUAGGUGCACCUAUGCCCGGUGCUUCUCUUGGUGGUGGAAAACCCGGAGCGAUGGGACAACCACCGUCGCCAAUGUUCCCUCCAGGAUUCGGCUCUCCUCAUCCCGGCCUCAAACUACCUACCGGGAGUCCUGGUCAGCCCCUUGCAUCAAUAGGAGGUCAGUUACCUCCCAUGGGUGGUAUGUCACCCCAGCUAAUGGCAAUGGCGGGUCAUUCUCCUCAGCCGUCACCUUCUCCCCGCGGUAAAGCUACGCCACCGUCCCAAGAGCGCCUUACACCCAAAGCACAAGCCGUCUCUUCUGCCUCCCAACAACAGCAGGCAGCCCAGCAACAACAACAACAGCAACAACAACAUGCAGCUAUGCAGCAAAACCAGUUCCUACCUCAACUGGGCGAUCCGCUGGGCUUCUCGCACUCGUCUUCCCACAAGCGGAUGUCUCCGUCGGUAGACCCUCGCAGGGAGUCUGGCGGGCCGUCUCCGAAACCUAGCCUUCCGCCCGGCCUAGGUGUUGGGAAUCCCUUUGGGGCUGCUCCCCCCGGCAUGUUCCUUGGUGGACCUGGAGUGCCGUUUGGCGCACCAUUUCAGACUCCAUUCGGUCUUGAAGCAAUGUAUCAUCCACACGCUGCCUACCUCGAGCGGUUCGGUGUUCCUGGUGUACCAGGCGGGCCCGCACAACAAGGAAAAGCUGCUCUUGAUCUUUUACAGCAGGUCAGCCAGGUUGCUGCUUCACAACAGUAUUCUCAACAACAGCAGCAGCAGCAGCAACAGCUAUUGCCGCCCACGUCGUCGUCUGUCGCCGGGCCAACAAAUUGUUCAGUUUCCCCAGCAACUGCCGCAGCCGUUAGCGGUGGUAAUGCUAGCAGCGUUGGCAGAAGUGGUACACCCAUUUCUGCUUCAUCUGCCUCAACGGCAACAGGGUCUUCGUUUCGACCCUCUAAAUCAAAAACACCCCGACCAUCAACUGAACCUCCGACGCAACCUAGUGGUAUAGGUGCUCUGUCCGGUGGUCAACCUGUUCCUGUGGUUGGGGGUCCUGUUGGUCUUGUACCCCAUUCAUCUUUGGGCCCACUCGCCCAUCUAACUGGUGUGAUGGGCCCGUUAGGACCAGGAGCGCCCGGAGCGUUGGGCAUUCACGGGGCCGCAGGGUUAGCUGCCGCUGCGGCUGCCGCAGCAGCUGCUGCAGCUGCUGGGGUAGGGUCCUCUGCGGCGGCAACGGCGACGACGGCUGCAGGAUCUUCCCGAACAGCGGGCGGCGGUGCUACCGGGCCUGGUAACAACACAGGUGGCAACAAUGGAGGUAAUGGCGUCAACAACAGCAAGGAGAGCCCUCCGCCGAUGCGCCACCUGCACACGCACCACCAUACGCACGUCGGCAUGGGCUAUCCCAUCUACGAUCCCUACCAGGCCGCGGCGAUGAUGGCUGCAGCACCAGUAGGAAUGCAUCCGUUUGUACCCAAGUGACAGGAGCGUCCGGAAGCUCUUGAAGAGUCAUCUUCGGGGGCUGACGGUUAUCAGCUUAAAGCUCCCCGAUCGCCACAACCUGCUCCUCCAACCAUGGCUACCAUGAACAAUGAUGUGAAUUCAUUUUAGUGAAGAUUGCAAAACGCAUCAAAUCCGACAAGCUAAGUGUCAUCGAACACAUACGGUUUAGAAAAAAACAGCGGAACAUGGCCGUGGUUGAAAAACAUUUGAGAAGAGGUUGCGCUGUUGAAAGAAAGGAAGCCAACCGAGGAAAGGGGGAUUCUCGGAACACACGAAGCUGAUCCUAGACAUGUUCGUCGAGUGGGAUGUCGCACAGUUCCAUAAACAGCUAUGACAUUGUAUAGAAUGGCGACUGUAUGCAGUCAGUCGCCGUUGCAACUUGACAUGAAUAAUAACUAAUAUUAAUAAUUAUUAUUGCGAUAAUAAUAACGGGUUAAUAAUACUAGAAACAAAAGGAUGCACAAAGCAGCUUGAUAACAACAAUAUAAAAAGGGUAGUUAGCGCUACGCAAGAGUGUGGCCCGCCAACUUAUCAUGAUGGCUGCGGUGACGCUGUCCAACGAAAGACAGACCAGAGCUUCAGGAGAAAUUCUACUUCACUCUCUUAGACCCGUCUGUGGUCAGGGGUAUUAGAGCAAAUGUUUGCAUCUAAAUGAUCGUGUGUAUGUAUAAGAAUGUAUCUCGCUGUGUGUGUGUGUGUGUGUGUGUGUGUGUGACCUGAAAGAAUCGAGGAGAGUGCGAUCGAUUGUGAGAUCAGCUGAGUAACAGGCUGAUUGUUGAUAUACAAAGCGAACUUCGAUUAGAGGGUCUCGAUAUAUAUAUAAUUGCAUUACUAUCCAUGUUUGCUUUUAGUUUUACACGAUUUAUGCCGAAUGAAGGCAAUGAAAAUGAUAGUAGUAAUAAGAAUGAAAAAAUGAUGUAUGGAAAAUACGAAAGAAAGAAAGAUGGCAUCACCACCUAAAUGAUAGUAAUAAUGCUGAGGCAUGCUAAAUGAAUAACGAGGGGAUAGAACUAAAUAAUUUCAAUUUGCUGUGUAUAUAAAUUAUAUAGAAAUAUAGCUUAGUUAGUCAGUUAUAGUAAUGAUUACAAUUAUCUAUAACAAUUAUUAUCACUCUACUACCACAACAACUAUCAUGUGAAAAGCGACAGCGGGUAUUGAACGACACGUGGUUGCCCCUCUAUAAUAAAAAAAAACAAUGGGAAGAAUUCAUGGAACAUGAUUGUUCGUUGAGUGGCCGAUUCUUCAUCCACCCAUCCAUCUCUUCUGUACAUAAAAUGCAGGGUCUUGUAGAGUGUUAAUGCGACGAGAGACGCAGGAUAUAAAUACAAAAAUCGAAAGUUUUCAAGGGAAAGCCACCCGAUUGGAUGGCCAAGAGCAAUGGCCAUGUUUAGAAAUAUACUAUAUUGCGUGUGAACGGGAAACUGCCGGAACAUGAAACUUGCAGUAAUACAUUGUAGGAGGAGGGAAAAAUAGAGCAAAGGAAAAGCCCCACCCUGGAUAUCUGGGCGUUAAGGAGAAUUAGCUCGAUUUCGGUUUUGCAGUAGUGUACCUCCUAUGUAAGUAGUUUACUGGCUGUAUCUCCUUGAAGUGGAAGAAAUAACGACACGCAUUAACGUUACCACAGAUAUGUGAAAAAAACAUACAAAUGUGAAUAUACACAUAAGACUCAAAUUACAUGAGACACACAGACAAAUUGUAUAUCGAAUUAAUUGUAAAAAACAAGUUGUGAUGUAAAACACAGGAACUUAAAAAGGGAGUAAGUAUGUCUACAGCAAAAUUCUUUCUAGCGUUACCUAAUAUUGGGUAACGCUGUGACAACUUUCAAAACUUCGAACGAAAUACAACCAAUUUGUGUUCCUAUGAAUUGUAUGUCUGUGCUAUUUACUUCUAUGCGUUUGCGGUCUUUUUAUUUAUUAUGAAAGUAGUCAGAAAUGAUAAACAUGCAUAUUUUGCUCUUUGCUAGAAUAUGGACAGGCUACUUUUAUUCAUAUAUGUGUACGGGAAAUGUUCAGGAACUUGUGCAGCUAAAACUCAGAAGCGACAAACAAUCUUUUCGUAGAGAGGACGAAGUUAAGAGAAGCAGGACAUGGCAAGGGAGCCAUUUGCGCUUACACGAUGAAAGUAUUUUGGCAUCCCUUUUCCGGUCGGUUGCUCGUCAAUGAUGUUCAACUCAAAAAAAGAUCUCGUUCGUAGAUACGUUGAUCAUGAAGUUUGUUUAGUUCAGAGCCAGUUAAUAGAAAGAGAAUAAGUCAUCGUUGUGACAGUUCAACAGUAAAGUAAAGUAAAUACUUUGCCAUAACGUGGUCGAGAACACUUACGGUAAUUGUGCAUGUCAAUUUAGAAUUUACGGCUAACAGCAGACCGUGCUUUUUACGAUUUGAUUUUUUUUGUAAAAACAAACGUCGUAUUUUGAGAAAAUGGUUUGACCAAAAAGAGUUUCAACACAUGCCUCCUAACAUGUUAAAUCUGUACCCAUCAGUCAAAUGAUUUUAGGAUUCUUUGUAUUUUCAUUUAUAUUUUUAUAUUUAAGUUUCUAUUGGACCAAUUUGUCCAUCCCUUUCGUAGUAACAGAUUUUGUGCCAGACUUAACAUCUCUCAUCCAAUAGUAUUUAUUCUUGAUAAACAACGGACAUAUUGGAUAGCAUACAAACAUGAACAGCCACACCGCAAGAGAACAAACAAAAACAGCUUCAUAACGAAUACCACCACGAAUUAUUCUGAUUUAUGAAGGAUACACAGCUGGCUAAUACAACCACAAAAUACCAAUGGGAAAUAAGUAUAGCUAUAAAUAGAACUAUAUAUAAUUUCGAGACGAUCAGAAGACUUAUAAAAGCUAGUAAAUAAGCAGUUAUGAAAUAAAAAAUAACAAUAUUAAUGAUAAUAAGAACCGCAACAAAUGUCAUAUAUUAAAUAAAUAUAUGUGUGUAUGUAUAUGCACGAAUGAAGAAACAAUUUGGAGGUAGAGAAAUGAGCUGAGGAGAAGCAUAGACAGUUCUUACAAGAAGUAAGUGUAUGAAUGUGUCAAGCAAACUAAAAAUAUAGGUUUGAAAUCAUACCUGUAGAUAACACAGGCAAACCACAUAAUAAAACAAGAUAAGACGAAAAAACGACAUGUGCGCCACCCUCGCUGUUGCAUCACGUAGAAUGCAACCUUGUAUAAAUAGCGUGUAGCAUAGUAUAUAAAAUAUACGGCCAGACAAGAUUACUAUCAUCAUUAUUAUUAAUUAUCUAUUAUUAUUAUUAUUAUUACCAUUGCGAUGUGAAAUGUAUGACUGUGUAUUCUAAGACUCCGAACUCUGUGUGUAUGAUUGAUAGACCGAUCCAUAGAUUGAUUUAAUGAUAGACUGACUGACUGUCCGAUGACUGACACCACAUUAUCAUUCAUUAAGCAAAGAAAACAAAAAUAGGAACACACAUACAUGUAAUUUAUUGGGCUAUUAUGUACCAUCGGAUUACAUUGGGGUACACAAGUAUAUAUAUAUAUAUACGGUGUUUUUUGGCAAAGGUCAAGUGAAAGACAAUAGAAAAACGCCACUUUAAAUGAAAACGCCAUAUGUAUAUAUACAAAAAGCACAUGAAACGCAAAUAAAAAUGGAACGUUAAGGGUACGAAAAACUGCAACGCAAGCAGGACUGGUGGAAGGUCAUCGACUGAAAGAUCAUGCUGAUACGACGGGACCGCUGAGAGCUUCUUGGAAGGGAAACUAAGGGCAUAAAAGAUAUAGAGGGUACAUAUGCUCUGCUGUAAAUAGAUAUAUAUAUAUAUAUAUAUAUAUAUAUAUGAAAUCAAUUCAGGUGGUGAAAAUCUAUGCGCGGAUGUGUAGAAAGCGGAAGGGAUGAAAUAGCGAAAGGAAAUGAAUUACACGAAUGACACCAGAGUGAAAGAAACCGACGAAAGAGCAAAAUGUUCGAAGAGUGAGAAAAUCAAGUGCGUGUAUAACAAGAAAAAGUAUGCGUACGUGUGUAGUGUAUAGCUGUACACUGUGUGAGGGUGCGUGUGUGUGCGUGUCUACGUGACAAAGGACAAGGGGUAGAAGAUGGGAAUGGCGCAUGGGUCUCCCCGACAGAAGUCGCUCAUGGUGAAAAAAUAAUUAGGAUAACGGCGUAUAAUAAAUUAUCUGACACGAGUAAAAAAUAAAAUGUUUAUAUUUAUACACCAAUAAUAAAGGCAAAUCGAAUCCAGUGCGUUCAUAGAUUGUCGAAUCGAAUGGUUAAUACAAUAGCAAGAACACUGCGUUUAAAUCUUACUUUGGCUAGCGAUAUAUUAUAAAUCAACAUAUGUGUACAUUAUAAUUAGAUGUAAUUAUUUCUGUUGACGAUAACAAUGGCGCUUCUGAUCCGAGACACACACAUAUAGCAAGCAUCGAAGCUAGAUAAAUGAUUGAAUAGAUUACCAACGCAGGAAAAGAUACGAAUAAGGAUCACCUAUGGAAAAGGUCAGUAUGCUAAGCUUAUUUUUCGUCCUUCUUGGGAUGUCUUUGGCGAAUGGGACAGGGGAUCGGGUACAUAACGGGACGAUAUACAGUAAUGGAAGCAAACUAAGAAUGAACAACAACAAUGAAAAACUAAGACUCUCAGCGUUUGUUCUGUUCUGUUGAAUCUGAAUAAAUAUGGAACGCUCUAUUUAACUUUCCACUACGUGCGCGGAAUAAAGUACAAUCAUACAAAAAUGGUCAGGUGUCCUUUCUCUAUCCAUAGCUAAAUAAAUUUAGGAAGAUCCUAACUACUGAGUAAACCCAGCGCUAAGACGCAUGUACAUCUUUUCGCUAAUCACCACUUAACUGGGGCCAUUUGACACGUUAUAUUGUAACUCUUUUAGACUACCGUUUAUCUUUUUCAAUUUCUGGAAAAUGUGCUUAAAUGAGAUAAAUCAUAAUAUAAGGUACACAUAUAAAUCGACCAUACGAACGUUUAGAAAAUUCAUGCAUUAAACACUAAUA